UAUUCUGUGUACUAUGGGGCUUUUUAUUUACCCCGAUUAUAAAGAAGUAUUCAUAGGAAUGUUUGUAACAAAGACGUGUUAGUAGAUCAGAAAUCACAUUAACUUAGAGAUGAGUAUUGGAGUAGAUCAGAGAGUAGAUCAGAAAUCACAUUAACUUAGAGAUGAGUAUUGGAACGAUAAGAUUGUUUGAAUGAUAUAAUCAAUACAUUUAUGCAUGAUUCUUGACUUUAUGAACUAUUUUAAUCAUUUUCAGUAAUACAAAAUCCAGGGAUGGUGUGAAGGCCAGACCCAAAUAAAUUAUAGCACAGCUCAUUUUUGAAAAGCCAGAUGGCACAACUUAUUUUUUAAAAAAUUAAGUCAAGGUUGAGAUUCCACUAUUAGACAUGAAACCUUGUUGCCUAAAGAUAAUGGUGGCAGACAAGGACAGUUAGGAUGAUAAAAAAUAAAGUUGAUAACGGGUAAUUACCUGAUUGGUUCACCUUUGAAAAGUUUCACUAUAAGUAGAGGCUGGAAAACACCAAGUUUUCAGAUGUUUAGGGGACUUGGAACAUCUCACUUUGUUUGACUUGUACAAAUAAAGUUGAAACUUUGACACCUGGACCUUCCUUGUCUGAGCAAUUUUUUGAGCUUGAAGAUCAACAUUUUCCACAACAUAUUUUUGGCGCCCAACGUGGGGCUGGGCAGAGGCUGAAGGCAUCGGACGACACCCGGGGGCGAAUCAUCCGGCUGACUGCACAGAUCAGUGCACUGCAUUACAGUUGCAUGGCUGAAGAGGGGCCAGGCCUUGAUUAUGAAAGAAGAGAGGCCUUUCAUACUAAGAUACUGACGCUAAGAAAAGUACUUUUUGAAACUAAGGGAAUUGGAAAUCAUUUUUGGGAAGAAGAUACAUACAUUGAUGCCCAGGGGAUAGAACAAAUUCUGUUAGAAGAAAGAAAAGACUGGUACCUGAGUCAACUGACAGAGAUUCGAAAUCUAGAAAUUGCCCAAUCGGAGUGGCCUUACAUAAAUUGGGAAGAGAUUGUUAAAAAUUGUUGUAAAGUAAAUGUAUUGAAUCACUACCUGAAUGAAGUCUGUGCUUACCAGCAUAACAGAUCUAAUUGUCCCUCAGGUCUGACUGCGAGAACUUUAUUGGUUCAAAGGAUCCCUAUUGGUAGGCUCACAGGGGCUUACUUUGAGAUAGGAGAGCUGCAGGGGUUUUCCUUAGGGCGAGGACAAACUGGGCGGCUUAUUGGUUUCCCCGAGGUGAGAGUCUAUGCAGAAACUCGAUAUGUAAAUUGGACAAGCAAGACACUGUGUACUUGGAAUGAAAUUGGAGAAGUGGUUCCUCAACAGUUUGUGGCAGUAACUUUGAAAAAAUUGGUGAUGGAAAUAGCCCCAGAGAACCCUAGGUCUUGGUUUGCACCUUAAUGCUUAAAUAAACAAAUGAAAAACAUUUAAAAUCUCUGUAUUUUCACUUUAUAAUAAUACAUUUAAGAAUAAUACUGAUUUGUGCAUUGUUUUAAGUAUGUCAUCCACCCCUGUAGAUUUGUUGGGGUCCAGAUACCCGGUAUGCAAAAAUUCAAUAGAAAGAAUAUCUAAAAAAUGGGCCGCAAGAACCAAAAACUUGAGAACAAUAUGGCCAGAAAAUGGUACCUUUGAUGUAGCAGUGUGUGAGGAAAUGGAGGGAUUAAUUAAAAAUUAUAAACCAAAAGACAGUAGCAAAAAACGAGAAGAAAAGAGAAAAUUAGAACAGGAAGUACUCAACCUGUUCAGAAACGAAGGAGUUAAUUUCCUGAAAAAUAUGAGAAAAAUAAGAGAAGUGUUAAAAAAGGAUGAUGAGAAGAAUGAAGAAAACUUUGAGAAAAUGACUCAGCCACCUCCCUAUGAACCUCCCAGCCAAAAGUUAGAAAAGAUACAAACAUCAACCCAAAUGCCAAUGGUAGCAAUAUCAGGAGAUGUCAAAAUAGAAGGGCAGGUAGAAAUAGGUACAGAAUCACCUGAUAGAAGGGAAGCAGAAAAGAGAAAAGGUGACAGGGCAAGUCAACAAUCCCCAGUUUAUAGAGACCCAGAAGAUGAGGAAGGCAGAGGUGCAUGCAGUCCCGAUCCUUAUAGAGAACUGGCAGAGGCACUGAAAAACAUGACAAAGAGACGUGAGGAGACCUACGAAAGUAUGACAGAAGAUCUAAUGCAAAUACAUACAGAUUCUGCACAUGCUUUAAGUCAAGUUUCAGGCAACGCCUCAGAAGAAGAAGAUGAGGAAGAAGACGAUGCCGUAAAAGCCAGUAGCCAAGAAAGGACACGCCAGCCAGCGAGCAACCAAAGAGUCCGUUCGAGAGCGGCCACAAGAAGUCUGCCAAAAGGGGAGCGAAAGCUGGUCACAGGCAGUCUCUAUCUCCAGGAUGCAGACCUCGAACCGUGGCUACUGCCCUGGACCCGAACUCCAGAAGGGAGACUGAGAAGAUCUGCAAGUACCACCCUCCUUCCUGAAGCCACAAUACCGAAGUCACGCGGCACCAAAGAAGGGAAGCAGUUCCCCAUACUGAUAAAAGGGGCUCAAGCACAAUACGUGCCAUGGGCAUCUCAAGACCUGGAUGGACUGGUUGCACGUCUACCAAACCUAGAUGAAGGGGCAGGCAAGUGGAUAAGAAUGCUGGAGGAGGAGACAACAGGGAAGCUAUUGGCAUUGGGGGAUAUCAAAGCACUCCUUGCCAAAUGCGUGGGAAGUUCCAAGCUGAAUGAACUUUUAAGAGCAGCACACAUCCGAGCGAUUGACAUCCCAGAUCUUGAUGGACACCCAUUCGACAGAUAUAGAAGGGAUAUAUGGCAGGGGUUACGAGACGAAUUUCCCAAUCGCAUCGAUCCCAGAGCACUCAAGGGAGAACAGAUGGGAGAAGAAGAGAACCCUGCCACAUACAUACAGAAACAACUGAGGAAGUGGAAGCAAGAACUUGAAAGAGAUCCUGAAGAAGACUUAUUGAUGACGACAUUGUUCAGGAAUGCUGUUGUUGAUGCAAUGCCUCCGCUAGUUAAGACCAAGCUGGAAGAUGUAGUGGGUCUGAACUCCAAGUCACAUAAAGAGUUCUGUGAUCAUGUGACCCAUGCAGUCAGACAGUAUAGAAGUAAUGAACUAAAGCUGAGGAACCAAGAAAAAGAACUUCAAAGAAAACUGGUACAGCUGCAGCUCGAAGAACUGGCAAGAAAGAAAAAGACGCAAGCCAUGGUCAAAGACAAAGAUGAAGAAAAAGAUCAUGCAGCAAUGAUGGCUCCAGUAAAUGUCCCAGUUCCUAUGACACAGCAACCGGGUGCAGUCACUGUGCAACAGAUACCUGGAAGUGGACCUCAGCAGCCAGCACCUAUCGUCAUCUAUGUGAAGCCUGAACAACAAAAUAGAUUUGGCCCAAGACCUGGGCAGGGAGAGCAAGGAAGACAGAAUAGAGGAAGGAACUCAUGCUGGGGAUGUGGUCAACAGGGGCACAACAGAAGAGACUGUCCUACCAACCCUUGGAAUACAAACCAGCAACAGAGUUCCCAAUGGCAAGCAGGCCAACCACAACGACCUCCAUGGCAAGGUCAGAGGCAGCAGCGACCCCCAGGGCAGGAAGGGCAACAGCAACCCCAAUGGCAAGAGCAGAAUCAACAGGGACCCCGCUGGCAGGACCAACAAAAUCAACCAGAACAAGGACAACAGCAACAGGGACCAGUCAACCCAUGGCGUGGUCCAGAUAUCGGAUACUAG